AUGAGUUACAAGGAGAACAACAGCAACAUGUCAAACGGUCUUCCUGUUCUCGUCAAGCCCGAGCCACGCGACGUGCCUUUGACGUCUUUGAGCCAAAUGUCAUUCCCCCCGUCUAACAACGUUCCAUUGUUCCCUUUUAAAACUGAGGCGGGCGACGCGGCUCGCGCUUUUCUUGGACUUCCAGCCAACCAUAAUGCCGCUCACUCUAACCACCUUCCGAAGCAUGAAGAUGUGCACAUGGAAGAUGCUUACAUUCAGGACGAGGAACCUGCUCCCAUUCUGUUCAAAGUUUUUCAAUCCGCAUCUGACAUCGCAUAUGCCCCCGAAGAAGCUUUGAAAGCAGGUCUAGAUAUGGUCAGUGGCAUCCAGGAGGUCCUCAAGAAAAUCCAGCUUAGCAGCAAAAUGCGGCAAGAGGUUUGGAUGCGGGAGAUUGAAACUCUUCGAAGUCAAGGCGCACCAAGGACAUUAAUCGCAGUGUGCGGAGCGACUGGAGCAGGAAAAUCUUCAAUCCUCAAUGCUGUACUUGACGACAAUAUCGUACCUACCAGCGGGAUGCGUGCAUGUACGGCGGUCGUGACUGAGUUGGCCUACCACGAUAAACCUACCAUCGAAGCGGAUGUUUCCUUUUUGUCAGAACUUGAAUGGAGACAAGAGAUGACUAUCUUGCUCCAAGAUCUGGUUGAUGAGGAUGGGAACAUCAAGCGAAGCACAGAUCUCAAAAGUGAUGCGGGCAUUGCCUGGCAGAAGGUUCACGCGGUGUACCCUUCCAUAACUCAAGAGCAACUCGUGAAAAUGAGUGUUGAUCAGGUCAUUAACCAAGAUCCUCGUGUUUCGCGAAUCUUAGGGGAGACCAAGAAGAUAAGCGCCAAAGACUCGAAGACUUUUGCGAAAGAAAUAGGAAAAUAUAUUGAUUCAAAGGACCAAAAGCGCAAGGAGAAAAAGAGCAAAAAGGAUAAACCUGCGGAGAAAAGCCUCAUGGACAAGGUCAGGGAGGCUGCUGGUAGUAGCCGAGCAACCAAAGAAAAGCAACCGGAGUCCGAUGCCCCUGCCUUGUGGCCUCUGAUUCGUCAGGUUAAUGUUCGUUGUCGUGCUGCUGCAUUGUCAACGGGUGCAGUUCUGGUUGAUCUUCCGGGUGUGGCGGAUGCAAAUGCGGCUAGAAAUAACAUCGCCAAGGAUUACAUGAAAAAAUGCAAUUGCAUCUGGAUUUUGGCGCCGAUUACGCGUGCUGUUGAUGAUAAAACAGCUAGAGACCUUCUUGGGGACGCAUUCAAGAUGCAAUUAAUGAGCUUGUCCUUGUUUGAAGUGGACGGAAAUUACGAUGACCAUACUAUCACAUUCAUAGCGAGCAAAUGUGAUGAUAUCUCUUGCUCCGAGGUGAUUCGCGCACUUCGUCUCGAAGACGAUCCAGAGCUGGAAGCAAUCGAAGAGCGACUCGAUGGUAUCAACGGCGAGAAAGCUGAGUGGGAGAAAAAGAAAAAAGCGGCCGAAAAGCUAGCAAAAGGCAUUGAUACUGAGCUUCAAGACCUUCGAAAUCACCUCCGCGAAUACAACGCACAUCUAGAAGCUUUGGAGAACGGAGACACCUUCGUUCCUACCCUCACCGGGAAGGGGGCUUCUGGCAAUGGGUCUUCUAGCAAAAAGCGCAAGAAUCAUGGGAAAGGUAAGGCAGGAUCGCCAAAGCGGCGGCGAAGUGGACUGAGUGAUGACGACGACGACUUCUCCGACGACGAUUCGAGCACCGCUGAAAGCAUCGAUUCUGACGAUGAAAGUGAAUCCGAUCAGGACGAGGAUCUCGGAUCUGACACAGGGGAUGUUGGAGUUGACGAGGAACAAGAAACGGAAGACUCAUUAAAAGAGAAGAUAAAAGAAUCUAAGAAUGCCAUCAAGGACGCCCGGGAACGUCUCUCCAGUGCUCGAAAGCAGAAAAAAGAUGCUUCAGACCAUCUUUCAAUCCUUUCCAAGAAUGUCGCUAAAGUGCAGAGAGAGAAAAAUGCAUUUUGUUCCUUGAAACGAUCGGAGUUUUCCCGGGAUGUUCUGAAAGAAGACUUCCGAGUUGGUUUGAAGGACCUCGACGACGCUGCUGCCGAAGAGCGCGAUCCAGAAAACUUUAAUCCCAAUGCGAACCUUCGAGAUUACGACGCCAUUGAUCUGCCGGUGUUUACCUGCUCCAGUCGGGAUUACGUGAGGCUGAAAGGCCAAGUGCAGGGCGAUGGGGAAGCUUCUUGUUUCACCAAUGUCAAUGAUACAGGCGUUCCUGAUCUUCAAAGGUGGUGUCACCAGCUGACCGUUUCUUCUCGUGAACGAGCUGCGAGAAACUUUCUUUCCCAUUUGAAUGCCUUUGCCAAAUCCAUCCAAACCUAUGUUGAGGGCGCCGCAGACGUUACUACAGGUGAUCGUGAGGCACUGCGUGAAAAAUGGGAAUCUACCCCACUGGCUCAACAUGGCAUCGCCCAGGCUAUGGCAUGGGAUGGGGCUGGUGACGCCUUCGAUGCGAUUUUAGGAGGCUUAGGGGGUGGACUGGGAGCAGGUUUAUUUACAAUGAACCAGCCUGCCUCAUUAAAUUCAUCAAAGGUGGAUCGCGAGAGUAACCGUGUCGGCAUUGCUCCCCGACUCUGUACAGAAUUUGCUAAAACAGUUGAUAAUUGUGUUCAAGAACUCCAAGAAAACUUCAAAAGUGGUUUGGAGGAGAAGUGUAGAGUAGGCGCCGCCAAUGCUGCGGAAGCCGCUGUUCCCACAACGGAUGAAUUUGCCGCUUCGAUGCACUGGGCCACCUACCGUGCUACUUUGCGCCGUCAUGGAUCUUGGAGGCGGGACUUUAAUGUCGAGCUCGUUAACCCUUUCACCCGAAAUAUCGCCCAUUCAUGGAGCACCGUCUUUGAAUCAAACCUCUUCGCGCCUUUCGAAACUGCAACCUUGGACUCGAUCAACAAACUUUUAAAAGAUGUUGAGGACUCCGCGGCGCCUGGUCUUAAGGAUCGAACCAACAAACAGGCAGAAGUGUGUUUAGAAGAGGCCCGAGUCGCCUUGAAAAAUGCAGUGGAACUUGUCAAACAAACUUUGGCCACAGAACAGAAAGAAGUUUCGCGAUGCAUUGCGCCCCAUGUGCAAGCACAAUUGAUUGAAGGUUAUAACACGGCCAUGGAAGAACGCGGUACAGGAAGUGUGGCACGUCAAAAGGCAUAUUUCCGCCGUUACAUUGACGAAUGCAAGGACAAUAUUUUUGAUGAUGGCGCUGAUGUCCUUUUGGGACGUUUGACUAAGGCUGCAGAUGCCAUAGGAGAAACUCUGGAUGAUGCACUUGGAAAGUUGGCCGAAAAGAUCGAAGUCAGUUUAGCAGUUCUUUGGGAGGGUGUCGGCGAUGAUCCCGCCCAAGCCAAAUGUCGCAGGCGCGUUGUGGAAAUCGUCAGUAGCAUUCAAGAACAGGUUAAGCUCUGGAACCUGGCUUCCAAGUUGAAACACGAUGGGAUUGACGCAGACGGCGACAUGGUGAUUCCUGAUCCCUACGAUUCCUCCUUCUGA